UUUUAGCAUGAUGGUUGAUUAUUACUUAGAGAAUUAAUUUUCUCCUUUCUAAUUUUGAUAGCACCCCACAACAAUGCCUCCUAGAAGAAAUGCCAAGUCUGUGGCUAGUCAAGGAAUUGGCCUCCAACGAGGGAGACCACCCCAAGCUAGGCAAGUUGGGUUAGAUGGAGGCAUAUCUACUGGUAUACAAAGUGAGCCAGUGAAUUUGAAUGUGGGAGGAGGUGGUGAUCGAAAUGAGUCCCAUAAUUCAUCUACUGGGAAUCAUGAUCAGCAGAGGAUUAAUGAUGAUGGAGGACAAAUGGCACAACAAGACCAACCUACUGUUAGAGAUUUGAUGCAAGCUUUUGUAGAUGCAAUGUCAGGGUCAAAAUGUGGAUUGACAGACUUUGUCAAAUUAACAAAACCUUUUGAUGGUUCCUCCACUGAUCUUGUUGUAGCUGAGGACUGGAUUGAUGAUAUUGAGAAAGCUUUUAAGGGGAAGGGUGUGUUGGAGGAGCAAAAGGUACCAUUUGCUGCUUAUAUGUUGAAAGGGGAUGCCAACAAUUGGUGGAAAAUAGAGGAGCGUAUUCUUACUGCUCCAAUAACAUGGGAGAAAUCCAAGGAGUCUUUUUAUAGAGAUUUUAUCCCUAGCAGUGUAAGGGUUGAAAUGCAGAGAAAAUACUUCAAUUUGCAACAGGGCAAUUGUUGACGACCACUUAAGAUUUUUUUCAAAACAAUGAAAAAAUAUUAAGUGU